CGCGUGCAGCUUCGGGAACCUUCCACAUCCGAAGAUGCUGAUUUCGCUUCUAUUUUGCGGAAUCUUAAAGACAAUUUUGAUAUCGCAUUCACUGCUAUGAUUUCCUUCCAGACGAAGAAUUCAGAGCGCAUAUUCAGCACAGUUAUGACCUACAUGCCUCAAGAUUUCCGGGGAUCACUUGUUAGACAGCAGAAGGAGAGGUCGGAGAGGAACAAACAGGCGGAGGUUGAUGCGUUGGUUAGCUCUGGAGGGAGCAUACGUGACAGAUAUGCUCUUCUUUGGAAGCAGCAAAUGGAGAGGAGGAGACAGUUGGCUCAACUAGGCUCUGCCACUGGUGUCUACAAAACCCUGGUCAAGUACUUGGUAGGGGUUCCGCAGGUGUUGUUGGAUUUUAUUCGACAAAUAAAUGAUGACGAUGGGCCAAUGGAAGAACAGCGAGAACGUUAUGGACCCCCUCUAUAUAGUCUCACAAAAAUGGUGAUGGCAAUUCGGGUUUUCCUAUCACUUCUGUGGGAUAGAUAUGAUACUUUCAAACUGAGUAGAGACCAAAUGAAUCUCCUGUCUGAAGCUUCUAUUGUCUACACUUCUGAGUUUGAAAGAUUCGUCACAUUUAUCAGCGAUGUAUUUGCCAAUUCUCCCUUCUUCAUUUCAGCAGAUACAGCUGGCAUAUUGGGCUCAAGGGACAAUGAGGAGUACAAGGAGAUAAUUGUCCAAGCAGGGAGAACCUAUGAGGUCUCAUUGAUGGUGGAAUCCGAAAAUUCAUAUAUUGCUUGGGAUUUCUCCUUGAUGCAAGGCAAGAUAAGCAUGGUUAUUGGAUUUAGCGUGGAGUACAUAGGUGCUUCAGGGGAAAAGACGCUGAUAUUACCUUACCGUCGGUAUGAAGCUGACCAGGGAAACUUCUCUACCCUAAUGGCUGGAAACUACAAGCUUGUAUGGGAUAAUUCAUAUUCAACUUUCUUCAAAAAGACUCUUCGAUAUAAAGUGGAUUGCAUACCACCAGUAGUGGAGCCCGAGCCUUUAAACUGAAAGUGGAAGAUGAAGGUGGAUCAUACUGUCAUGUCUCAUCAUUUCUUUGUACAAGGAUAAAAUUCUGAACCUUUUUGGGAGGCAUCAAUGGAACUUCAUAAACAUUUGGUGCCACCCACACUAAUGUCAUUAAUAUUAUGAACCCUUUGAGAGACAUCAAUUGAACAAUACUAUUUUGUUUGCAUU